CCAGAGCCUCCACAGAUUAAAGAGGAAGAGGAGGAACUCUGCACCAGUCAGGAGGGAGAGCAGCUUGUAAUGAAGCAGGAGACUGAUACCUUGAUGUUGACUCCUAAUAAUGAGGAAAGGUACCACAGAGAACCAGAACCAAACAGUGACCACCGGCUCCUCUCUCACAACUCUCCUGUAGCUGAGAGCCAAGAUCAGGAAGGAGGCGAGCAUGUAGACCCCGAGUCAAAGAGUCACUGUAACACUCAGAUGGAUAAAAAGUCUUUCAAAUGUGACACUUGUGGAAAAGAGUUUAGGUAUAACUAUAAAUUGAAUAUGCAUCUGAGAAUCCACACAGGUGAGAAGCAGUACCUUUGUAAUACCUGUGGGAAAAGUUUCAGAGAAACAAAACAUUUGAACGAGCAUUUGAAAAUCCACACAGGUGAGAAGCCAUAUUCUUGUGAGACAUGUGGGAGAUCUUUCAGAACUAGUGGUAACUUGAAAGUCCACAAGAGAAUCCACACAGGUGAGAAGCCGUACCUUUGCAAGAACUGUGGUAAAAGUUUUUGUACAAUGUCAUUACUGAAACAACAUAUGACAAUCCACACAGAUGAAAAGCCAUAUUCUUGCAAAACAUGUGGCAAGGGUUACAGAUAUAGGACUUCCCUAAGACUCCACGUCAGAACUCACACAGGUGAAAGGCCAUACCUGUGCAACAUCUGUGGGAGAAGUUUCAGUCAGAUAACACAUUUGAAUAACCAUUUUAAAAUCCACACAGGUGAGAAGCCAUAUUCAUGUGAGACUUGUGGGAAAGCUUUCAGAUGUCGUGGUGACUUAAAAUACCACAUGAGAACCCACACGGGAGAGAAGCCGUACUCCUGCAACACCUGUGGGAAAAGAUUCUAUCGAAAGCCACACUUGGAAAAGCACAUAAGAAUUCAUAAAGGUUGAAAGUUGUAUACUUACUUAACUUUCAGACUUGGGGGAUAAUUGACAAUCCACAUGAGAAGAGCCCAGACUGGCGAGAAACUACAUCACUGCAACAUCUGAGGGAAAAGAUGGUUUGAUGUAUCUCAGUUGGGAAGGUAAAUGAGAUCACACAUUUAGCCUAGUAUAUGUAGGAGUGUGGGAUGUGGGAGGAUUCAGUUGUAGUGGUUCAUGGACAAAACAAACAAGAUCCCACAGAAGUGAAGAGCCACAUAAUUGCAGCUCUUGUGGGGAAAGUUUUUCCUCAAAUCAGACAGUUGUAAAAGAAAAAACACCUGAAAAUCAUUUUACACAGGGGAAACCAUCAAGAUGAAACUUGUGUGGAGAGGGUUCAGCAAUUGAAUGAAAUACACUUUUGCAAUAGAUACAUUUCUGUAAUUGAAUGUAUAACAUUUCCCACAGAGAGGAUGUAUCUUAGUGUAGAGUAGUACAGUGUCAACAAUGUCUUCAGGUUUUGUUAAACUAGCCUAAUGUUUUCUUUCACGUGACUUACUUUCUGUUGCAGCAGAAUUUCUUUGAAACAACUGUAAUUUCCCAGAUCUUGUAAAAUAUUAAAAUAUUUGUUUUCACAUUGAAUUCAUAGUUCCAACAAAUGUUAUGUGAUUUUUUUUGUGUGUGCUAUUUUUAUACUCUACCUCUGAUGUUGAAGCUGAGAAACCAUUUACUGCUGUUGGGUCACUUAUGUUGUCAUCCUGCCAACUACAGUCUUUUUUUUGUGUACAGUUUGUCCUUUCAUUUCAUUUUUUUAUGUAUUUUGUUAUUGCAUCCUAUUCAAACUUGACUAUAUUUCAAAGGCAAAUAUACAGUUAUGUUUACUAAAUAUUUUAAAUACAAAAACUUAAAAUUACCUUAUCAUUUUAUGCCUUGUCAAACUAUGUAUCAGUAUGUGAAUGGGGUUAAAAAUAAAUAAAUAACAGGACAGGGGC